GUCUCCCAUUUCUAUAUAAAAUUAAUUUUGUAUUUUGCAGGGCAAAGGAGGAAGUGCUUGGAAUUAUUUAGGCACUUUCCUGGAACCUGAGAACCUGAUGAAGACUGAAGGUCAAGUGGGAUCUUUUCUUAUAGCUCUAGUUCGAUCUUAGAUCUGCAGUGGGUUGAACAUGGCUUCCUCAAGCAAAUAUGAUGUUUUUAUUAGUUUCAGGGGAGAGGACACACGUGAUAGCUUUACCAGCCAUCUUUACGAUGCAUUGAGUAGGAAAAAGAUUCAUACAUUCAUCGAUGACAGGCUAGAGAGAGGUGAUGAAAUUUCGCCAGCUCUUCGGAAAGCAAUCAAGGAUUCAGAGCUUUCAGUAAUCAUUUUUUCCCAAAACUAUGCGUCUUCCACUUGGUGCUUGGAUGAACUUGUUCACAUACUUGAGUGCAAGAGAAAACAUGGACAAAUUGUGAUACCUGUUUUUUAUCGCGUAGAUCCAUCCCAUGUAAGGAAACAGAAGGGUCAUUAUGCAGAUGCAUUUGCUAAGCUUGAAAAACGUUUUGGUUUGGAGAACAGGAUGGACAAGGUGCAUCAAUGGAGGGCUGCUUUGGCACAAGCAGCCAGUAUAUCUGGCUGGAAUUCACUGGUCAGCACGCCUGAGUCCAAGUUGGUUGGGGUGAUUGUUCAUGACAUUGUGAAGAAAUUGAAUUACAAGUUUUCAAUAAGCAAUGUAAAGGGUCUCGUGGGGAUUGAAAAGCAUAUUAAGGGAAUUGAGUCCUUACUAUGUAUUGACUCGCCUGGUAUUCGAGUUAUAGGCAUUUGGGGCAUGGGUGGUAUCGGUAAGACAACCCUCGCUGGUGCUGUAUUCAGACAGUUCUAUUCUCAAUUUGAAAGUUGUUACUUUCUUGCAAAUGUUAGGGAAGAAUCUGAAAAACACGGAAUCAAUUAUUUGCGACAUAAACUUAUUUCCGAACUGCUAAAGGAAGAGGAAACAAAUAUGGGCUCCCCAUGUGUUGAAUUCAGUUUUGUUGGAUCUAGAUUGCAUCUAACAGAGGUCCUUAUUGUUCUUGAUGAUGUAGAUCAUUUUAAGCAAUUAGAGACUUUAGUUGGGGAUCUUGCUCAAUUUGGUGAUGGAAGUAUAAUCAUUGUAACAACUAGAGAUAAGCAAGUGCUAAGUACAGUGACUGACAAAAUUUACAACAUUGAGGGGUUAAACUUUGAUGAGGCUUAUUAUCUUUUCUGUUCAAAGGCUUUUAAAGAAAAAUCUUCCAUAUCAGGUGAUUACUCUAUACUGUCAGAAAAGGUGAUAUAUUAUGCACAAGGCGUUCCAUUGGCUCUUACAGUGUUGGGUUCCUUCCUUCAUUCUAAGAGUAAAGAAGAAUGGGAAAGUGCAUUGGAAAAACUGAAAGAAGUUCCCAACAAGGACAUUCAAAAUGUGUUGAGAAUAAGCUAUGAUGGGUUAGAUGACGAGGAAAAGGAUAUAUUUCUUGAUAUUGCAUGUUUCUUUACCGGAAAUGAAUCCCCAGCUUUUGUAGAAUGUAUACUCGAUGCUUGUGGUUUCUCUACAAGAAUAGGACUGCGGAAUCUACAUGAUAAGUCUCUUAUAUACAUGGGCGGGUACAAUCUAUGGAUGCAUGAUCUGUUAAGAGAAAUGGGUAGGCAAGUUGUUCGGGAACAGUCAAUUAAGGAGCCUGGAAAGCGCAGUAGGUUGUGGAAUAUUAAGGAUGUCUAUCAUGUGUUGAAAAGAAAUUCAGGAACUUCUACAGUUGAAGGCAUAUUCUUACAUAAUUCUGAGACUACAGAAGUAAACUUGAGCCCUGAAGUCUUCUCAGAGAUGCAUAGUCUGAGGUUGCUUAAAAUUUAUGGAACUGACAAGAAAAAUAUAUGUAAUCUCAAGUUUCCUCAAGGUCUUCAAUAUCUUCCUGAUGCCCUUCGAUUUCUCUGUUGGAAUGGAUGCUCUUUAAAAUCUUUGCCAUCAAAUUUUACUGCGGAGAAUAUUGUUAUACUUGAAAUGCGUUACAGCCAACUAGAACAACUUUGGGAUGGUGUCCAGCAUCUUGGGAAGUUAAAGAAGAUGGAUCUUAGUCACUCUAGCCACUUGAUUCAAAUCCCAGACCUCUCUCACGCUUCAAACCUGGAGACUCUAAAUCUUGAAUACUGUAGAAGCUUGCUUAAACUUCCUUCGUCUUUCCAAUGCAAUGACAAGCUUAGUUCUCUAAAUCUGAGAUGCUGCUCGAAACUUGAAAACCUUCCAGAGCUAUCAAGGAGUAUCGAAGAGUUAGUUUUAAUUGGAUGUGCAGCAAUAAGAGAACUGCCCUCAUCAAUUGAAUCUCUGGUCAAAUUUAAGUCCUUGGAUUUUCAGAACUGUAAAGGCCUUGUGAGUCUUCCAGGCAGCAUAUGUAAUAUGAAGUCCAUCAAAUCUCUCAGUCUAUCUGGCUGCACGUCCAUUGUCAUAUUUCCAAAUCUUCCAAGAUUUCUAAGUGAGUUAGAUUUAAGUGGGACAAGCAUAAAAGCAGUGCCCUCAUCCAUUGAUCAGUUCUCUGGUCUUGUUAAAUGGACUCUUAAAGAUUGCAAGUGGCUUGAGAGUCUCCCUGCUAGGAUAUGUAAUCUAAAAUAUCUCAGCUUUCUCUAUCUAUCUGGUUGCUCAAAACUGGAAUACUUACCCCAAAUCUGGGAGCCAAUGGAACGUUUACACUGUCUCCAUCUAGAUGGAACAGGAAUUAAACAGCUUCCCUUUUCGAUUGGAAAUCUAAGCCAGCUGGGAGAAUUGAACUUGGAUAUGUGCAAGAACCUUGAGUUUCUCCCUGACAGCAUUACUAAAAUAUUAAGUGCCAUUGCACAUAUUUCCUCUUUUGAUGACCAAAUACUUGGAAUACCUAGUGAAUGUGGAGACAGUGGUAGUCCAUUCCAAUUAAUCAACAAGAAAGACCUUUCAUUUUUUAACUGUCUAAAAUUGGAUCAAGAGGCACGCAGGAGGAUACUGGCUGAUGCACGGAUGAGGAUUUUGCGUGUGGCCAGUUUAGCACUAAAAAAUGAAACACUAUUCCCACCGAAACGGAGAUUUCAUUCUGAUAUAGAACCUUCAAUAAGAAUUUGUUGUCCAGGAAACGAAAUUCCUGAGUGGUUCACCUACCAAUGUAAUGGAUCUUCAAUGAUGAAUAUCCAGCUUCCUCUAAAUUGGAAUGAUGCCAACAUUUUAGGUAUUGCUCUAUGUGCUGUUGUAGGAUUUCAGAACUUUACCAGUGAUGGUGGGGAUCCAACUAUCUUAUUCCAGUUCUCGCUUAGGGGAAAAAACGAUGGAUAUGGAUCAAACACAUUCUGUUGGCGUGUGAAGGGUUGGAAGAUGGAUGAGGACGCAAGAGGAGUUGUGAAUUCAGAUCAUUUGUUCAUGUGGUAUGAUCAUGGCAUGUUUGAUGGCAUGCUUGACAAGAUUCCUAAGAAAACUGAAAGCUACUGUUCCUCAUUUUUCUUCACCACACAUAUUGAUCGUUCAACCAUCAAAAAGUGUGGGUUCAGCCUGCUAUAUGCCCAAGAUGCGGAGAGAUGUGGUAUCAUUGAUCAAGAUGGCAGGGAACUAAUAGUGGAAGGUACUAAGAGACGCUGGAAUGCGUUCAAACAGAAUGGUUUUCUACAACAGAAAAGAAGAAGAUGAUGAACCGAAUGCUAAGAGACAAGUCAUAUUCUCUUCCAUUCUGGGAUUUCACAGCCUUCAAUUAGAGUUUCUUGUCCAGGAAAUUAAAUUCUUGAUUGGUUUACGUUCCAAGCUCAGUGGUCUUCCAUGAAUAUUAAGCUUCCUCUUAAUUGGCUACCAACUUCUUGGGUCUUGCUCUAUGCGCUGUUGUUGCAUUGUAGGAUUGCCUUGUUUGUUGGAGUCUCUGGAUUUCAUACCAUCUCUUAUUGAAGAUAAAUGAUGGUCAAUACCUCCAUCUUUGUUUGAUUGUAAACGGAUGGGAAAAAGAUAAUGACACAAGAGGAAUUGUGAAUUCUGAUCACGUAUUCCUGUAUCUCUCAGGAUUUUAAUGAGAAACAAGCUGAUUAUUGGUUCUCUGUUUGCAAUGCCUCGUUUAAAUUCAACCCACGUAAUAGGUCAGGAAAAAGUUCAACCGUAAAAAAGAGUGGGAUCAGCUUAUUAUAUGCCCAAUUAGAUGCAGAGUGAUUUGGUAUCAUUUAUCAACAUGUUAGGAAACCAACGGUAGAAGCAGCUAAAGCUAAGAGACGCAACCAGAAUGAGUUUGAGGCCAGUGGAAAUGUGUUUAUUAUCGACUUUGAUGAAGAAGAUGAUGAUGAACCAGAUCCUGAGAGAAUUUGAAAGCAGAAAAAAUCAGCUUGCGUUCUGUAUACUAACGUAGGUGAUUCGUAUUCAUCAUUCUAGUAUCGUUUUAAGCUUUAGUUGGAUUGUUAUGUCCCUUUUGGACUCUAAAACCAACUUAAAUUGUGUUUGGCUUGCAUUAAAUGAGAAAUGUUCUACUUUGUUGUGCUAAGGGAGAAUAAAAACACCAGAGUAAAGCAAAGGAAGGAAAGUUUGUCAAUUGCUUAUGCCAUCUAGUAUGCAUAUUAUUACGGUCCUUCUAUUUUAAUUAUUUA